CGCAACCGGCGGGCGCGCCUCCGCGGCCGGCCGCCGGCCGUGGCGGUGCAGAAGGGCGGCUGCGGGGAGCGAGGGCCCGGGGACCCCGCCAGCCUGCGCCGCCGGUUCAACUUCAUCGCCGACGUGGUGGAGAAGAUCGCCCCGGCCGUCGUGCACCUGGAGCUCUUCCGCAGGUCUCCGUACACAAACCAGGAGGUCCUGGUGUCCAGCGGGUCGGGCUUCAUCAUGUCCGAGGAUGGCCUGAUCAUCACCAACGCCCACGUGCUCUCCAACAAGCAGAGGAUCAAAGUGGAGCUGCAGAGCGGCCACCAGUUCGAUGCCCGAGUGGAGGACCUGGACAACAAGUUGGACAUCGCCCUGAUCAAGAUCGACACGGAUAUGGUCCUCCCUGUGCUGCUGCUGGGAAGAUCCACUGACCUGCGGCCCGGGGAGUUCGUGGUGGCUCUGGGGAGCCCCUUCUCCUUGCAGAACACCGUGACGACAGGCAUCGUGAGCAGCACGCAGCGAGAUGGCAAGGAGCUGGGGAUGAAGUACUCGGAUAUGGAAUACAUCCAGACUGACGCCAUCAUCAACUAUGGGAACUCCGGAGGGCCUCUGGUGAACUUGGAUGGUGAAGUCAUCGGGAUGAACACCCUGAAAGUUACAGCCGGCAUCUCCUUCGCCAUCCCCUCGGACCGGAUCCGCCUGUUCCUGGAAGGCUCUCACGCUCGCCAGCUGAAAGGGAAGAUUAGACCCAAGAAAAAGUAUCUGGGACUCCGGAUGCUUCCGCUCACCUUCAACCUCAUCCGUGAGCUGAGACGGCGGGACAGGGACUUCCCAGCGCUGAGCCCUGGUGUGGGUGUCUACGUCUAUGAAGUGAUUCAGGGGACAGCUGCUGAAAGUGCUGGCCUGCAAGAUGGUGAUGUCCUUAUAUCGAUUGAUGGGAAAAGGGUCACCUCAACAGAAGAUGUCACAGACGCUGUCCAGAACGCUGCCACGCUCACCGUUGUGGUGCGGAGAGGAAACCAAGACCUGAGCCUGACAGUAACACCCGAUGAAAUCGAUUAAAUGUUCCUCUUCUGAAG